UACAACAAUAUGACUAUACGGCUGUAGGACUAUACAACAAUAUGACUAUACGGCUGUAGGACUAUACAACAAUAUGACUAUACGACUGUAGGACUAUACGCCUAUCGGCCUAUAGGGCCACACAUCAGACCAUAGGACUGUAGGACUACAGGACUACACGGCUAGAGGAUAGUUGUGUAGGAGUAUAGUUGCAUAUACUGUAACGAUAGGAGUACAGGAGUAUACAAAUAUAGGAGUAUAAUGUUAUAGUUGUACAGGAACAGGAGUAUAGUAGGCAAAGGCAAGGAGUAUAGCAGUAUCGGACUAUAGCAGUAUCGCUGUAGAGGUGUACACAGGCAGUAGUACAGGACCGAAAUGGACUGAAACACGUUGUGGUCGUGUAAAGCAACAGACAAACUGCGGCGUUUCCAACGGGCCACGGGUUUUUGGACCGCGGGAGAAAGGCCCUCUUCUCCCAAAGCUAAGGAAGUAAAACACAAUGAAGUGACCGUCCCAACAAUGACGACCUCUCAAGCACCUGCCCUGGUCCCCAACGUAACUGACACUCCCGGGGACUCGCAGUCCGGCUCGGUCAGCCGGGGUGUGGCGUGGACCAACAGCGUCCUCAAGAUGGCGCUAAUCUCCCUCAUCGUGUGCGUGUCCUUGUUCGGGAACGUCAUCGUCCUGCUGGUGUUCCAACGGAAACCCCAGCUCCUGCACGUGGCCAACCGCUUUGUCCUCAACCUGCUGUUGGCCGACCUCCUCCAGACCGUGUUGGUCAUGCCCUUUGCCAUCGCGGCCACCGUGCCGGGGGUUUGGCCCCUGGAUGCCCGGCUGUGCCAAGCUUUGGUGGUGCUCAUGCAUCUCUUUGCGUUUGCCGGCGUCAACACCAUCAUCGUGGUUUCUGUGGACCGCUACCUCGCCAUCAUCCACCCUCUGUCCUACCCCACCCGUAUGACCCCUCACCUGGGCACCAACCUGAUCGUGUCCACCUGGGUGCUCAGCUUCCUGCAGAGCACGCCCCCGCUGUACGGCUGGGGCACCAUUGACUUUAACCAGCAUCACAAGAUGUGCUCGGUGGUGUGGUCCUACAGCCUGUCCUACUCCAUUGUGGUGGCCACCUUCUCCUUCUGGCUUCCAGUCCUCGUCAUGCUGGGGUGCUACUGGAUGGUGUUCCGAGCCGCCCGGAGGCAGAACGCACUUGUGCACCCCAUACAGACAAGAUCCCACUCCCACGCUUGCCCCCAGGAAUUCCAGGGAGCCCAACCCCAGCAGGCAAGCUCACCGAACAACCCGUACUCGGCUAAGGGUUACCCGGCUCGUGCGAGGCACCGACGCUUCCACUACCACUGCAAGGCGGCACGUGUGGUCUUUGUGAUCAUGGCCUCCUACAUCCUCAGCAUGGGGCCCUACAGUGUCCUGAACACCAUAUCCAUGAGCGCCAGAGCAGACGUCCCCCCUUGGCUGUCCUCUCUGGCCCUUGUGCUCUUCUUUCUCCAGUGCUGUCUGCACCCGUACAUCUACGGAUACAUGCACCGCAGCGUGAGGAAGGAGUUCCUCGCCUUGCUGUGUGGGAUGCUCUGCAAGCAGGGCCGCCCCAGCCAGAGCUCGGCUGCCAAGACUUGCCUCACCACAGCGGCUGGGGAGGGGCGUUGCUCUGGGGCGCAGGCUCACCCGCCCAGCCUGGCCGCCAGGGUCUUUCCCAUGCAGACGUGGGAGGAGUGCACCACGUCAUCUUCUCCCACAUUUGAGAGGAGGUCCAGGGACAGCCGCAAGGAGACCACCUCGACCAGCGUCAGCUCAGACAGGGAGCCCGUGGCCCACGGGAAGCCCAAAUACAUAGAACUCCCCGAGUAAGACAAACCUGACAAUGGCUACUAUGGGACUGUCUGUGUGAGAACAUUUGAGGUGCCCCUUGGUGCUGAGGGUCUAAAGUACGUACAUCAUUGUACCUUUAGGGGUUUUGGGUGUGGGAACCUUGACCUUGGAGUCCAGUGAUUAGUCUUAUGUUGUAAACUCGUCUCUAGACUAAACUAGACUCGACCGCUACUUGUAAAAGUGUAGACACUACUUAGAGUGGGUUCACACGUGUCCUGAAAGGAGCUCUCGUAUGCUUCAUUUGGUCAGUGGGAGCACAAUGGUCCAAACCCUGGUGCACACCAAACACAAACGGAGCAGUGUUAAAAUGGUUCUGUCUCGCUGCCAGGAUCUGUUUGUGAGAGACAGCAGUAAUGUGAAUUCAAACGUGUGCUUUAGAAGCUAUUUGUGAAAUGGAAGCUGCUAAGUAUAGCAAAAUACUAAAUGUCCUACGGAUCCCAGCCAGCAGGCACCAUUCUGCUUUGGAACAUACCAGCGUGAAUGCUAAGUGAAGCGCACCAAAGCAUUUAGUUUGGUCAACGCAGCCUUGCAGUCUGCCUCUACAGAUGUCAAUCUGCUGCAGGGAUCCAGCAUUGUCAUCGUUUGCUUUGGAUUGUCUUUGCUGAGCUCACGGCGUGCCGGCGUAAAUCUGCUUGAGCAUGCAAGCAAACGAAGCCUUGGACUGGGCUGUGACCUUAAGUAGUGUCCAAGCGCCUCGGGACGACUCAUUGUGCGAAAGGGACUUCACUUGGCCUCAUUUCAUGUCUUGAAAUGGAAAUGUUGCUUACGUUACGACCAAAUGACCAAAAUGAGAGCAACACGUGCUACAAUACACCAUAACCAGUGUUUCCAUGGAACACACACAUACUGUACACAAACUCACGAGGAGGUCAGGACAGGCAACCCACUUGGGCCCCUAACCUUCAGUUUGGCUAAGCUAGCUUCACAGUGCAAGGUGUUCCUAAAAGACUGUAGCUUCAAAAAACACAUCAAACGGCAUGACAGCUUUCUUUCUACCCCCCCAAAGCAAGAAGCAUCGUGGGAUGACUUUUUUCAUCAGAACAUCACAGAAAGAUGGCUGAUUUUCAGUGAUGCUUUUCAUGAUGAUGACAGGAUUCCUGGGGUGGCCAAAGGGGCGUUGCUCACACAGGCCUGACAAUAAGCUCGUACCUGAGCAGUCCAGCUGGAUUUCCAAAAGGGUGUGUUUUAUUCCAGCCAUGUGCCCACUCCACAGUGAUUGGCCACACUCCCAAUUUUAGUGGGUGUAGGAGUUGCUAAUGAAGCCUUUGGAGAGCUACUGGCUGGAGACCCCCGACUUACCGUGUAUGAACUCGACGCUGGUGCAGUGGCGCUCAGGAGAAGCCCGAUGUCAGGGUCAAUGCCUCCACCUCACCCAGGAGCAGCACUGAUUGCCGGACACUUUGUCAGAGGCACUCUGGUACCGUGGAGUUCAGGAGCCGGACGCGAGGGUAGCACAUUGUACAGAGUGCGGACAAUCUGAGCACAUCGGCAGUGGAAAUGGGGUCAUGUACAAAUUACACGGGACUGGCCGUGAGUUUGUCAUUUGGAUGCAUGCACACUCUAUAAUGCUACAGACAAGUCCUUAUUUUCACUAAAGUGCAGUGCUUCUGGAGUGGAGUACAGCAAAGCGUACCCAGGCACACCCUUAUAAGCAAGUCCGGCUCCUGCAGCAGAACAAGUGGAAAAAGCACAAUGGGUCCCCUUUAAAGGAAAACUUGCGUAUUGAUGUUGGUAAAGCACCUGCUGACAGACAUUAUGGGCUGUUUGUUUAUUUAUGCUGUUCUUCUAGACCAGGGGUCAGCAACCCGCGGCUCCAGAGCCGCAUGUGGCUCUCCAGCCUCUUUGUUGCGGCUCCCUUUGCAAUGCUUGAAUAUUUUUUAGCACCCAUGUGGUGAAAAUGCACGUCUUUGUUAUGAGUUUACAAAAAUCCAACUUUGUGUGAGACCAUGAAUGCAUCCUGACUGAGUUCUGACUGGUGACUGAAUGAGCAGACAGGAUGCUAUCCAGUUCUCUCUGACAGGUUAACAUGAAGGGAAAUGAGUAAUACUUUGAGUUAUUUGAGUUAUUAAUUAUUAUUAAUGAGUUAUUUGACGAUUCUAAAAAAUAAAUUAGAGCUCAUUUAAAAACAAAAGUUUAUCUCCAGUACUAGCAAGAGUACUCCAACUCGUCUUUUUUUUUCCCUCCAAUGUUGUUUUAAACAUACAACGUUUUGCGGCUCCAGGCUAUUUUUCUUUAGUGGGCAAGUGGGUGAAAUGGCUCUUUUCAUAGUAAAGGUUGCCGACCCCUGUUCUAGACCUCAUUGUACACUUGCUGAAUCAGAACAGCACCAUGUACUGCUUCGUUGUAAGGCUGAUUUUCUAUUUAUUCUCUCAUUUUGUCUGCCAUCAUUUCCCCGUUUACCCUCAAAAUGUCUUGUGAGAGUGAUUUCUAUUUAUGGUUAAGAGUUACGUGUACUUUUAUACAAAAACAUCCAAUCUAAAUUGAAGCUUUGGCUUUUGUAUAUGCAGGACAUUCUAUGUAAUAAAUACGUAGGUCAGGGGUGUCCAAGGGUCUUUGUGCCGUUACCUUUUCAGCUCAUUCACCGGAAGCCAAACUAUGCGAGGCAGUUGGGAAACUAGCGGUAACGGUGCCAAAGCUGUGGAGCUGUGAUGAUGAUGGUAAAAAGCUGUGGAGCUAGCCUUGGACACACCUGCCAACAAGGAAGAAUCAUACAUGGUGUAGAAAUACAUUCAUAUUAUAUAUUUGCUAAACAUCAGAUGGAGUGACAACAGUGUUGCAAACAAUGCACUUAUAAUCAGCAGUGAAUUUGGAACAUGCCGUAAUAAACA